UGAAAACAGUCUGCAUUAGACUGACUUAGGAGACUGGCUAUCUCAGCAGUAGAGUCUGCAGGAAAUUGCAAGCUUGGGACAACAAUACUGAACCGCCACAGAAAAAUGGGACACCUUUUGACCUUAUGUAUGCUCCUGUUUUUAUCUUACCCUGCAUCCCUGGCUCGAUACACCACUGAACCUGAGUUUGGAAGUGGAGAAGAUGGGACAGCAUUUGUUUCCAAUACUCAGAGCUAUGACACUGUUGGAUCUACUACAGAUAACUCUGUGAAGAAUGUAAAUGGCACAUCUACUUCCUUAAAUGUCUUGGAAAGUAUUAAACAGUUUUUUAAGGAGUACCUGCUGCUUGUAAUUGUGGUAGGUUCUCUGGCUGCCAUGCUUAUAUUUAUACUGUGUGCUGCAGUGAUUAUGAGUCACAGACAUAAAGCAUCUGCUUAUUAUCCUUCAUCUUUUGCACCAAAAGAGUAUGUAAACCACGAUGACAAAAAUGGAGGUACUAGAGUUUUUAAUGAGAUUCCUGAGAAGCCCCAUGAUGCCAAGGUUGAAGAAGUGUUAAGUUCGGGCAACCAGCUACAAGCUGAUAUCCUUAACGCUGCUCAAAACCUUAAAUCUCCAACCAAGGGUGGUAGUAUUAAGGGGCAAAAAAAUUGUGAAGGACCUCAAAAGACUUGUGAGCUGUCCCAAAAAGAAAAUCCUCAGGAAGCCUCUGGUGACAAAUGCCCAGAGAGUCCCAAAACCCAGGAAGAAACUCCUGGGAACAAAGUGCAGGAGGCCCCAGCUAAGUCACCAGAAGAAGCUAAGCCUGAAGGUGAUAUUCAGGAGGCACCAGCUGAACCAAAAGAAGAAACUAAACCCACAGGUGAUUCUCAAGAGGUCCUACCUGUUCCAGCACAAGAAACUCAACCUACAAGUGACUCUCAGGAAGCCGCAGCUGAAGCUAAAGCAGAUGUCCCUAGUCCUCCAGAAGAAGAAAACGGAAAAGAAGAAGUGAAUCCCACUCCAACUGAGUGUGAAACAGCAAACAAUAAUCCUUGUGAAAGUAAAGAAUCCCAGCAGGCUCCUGCCACAGAGCCAUGUGGAGUUUAAUGCAGGGCGAUAGUAUUAUUAUAUAGACAAUGAAAUGUAUGCAUCUGGCUUAUAACAGCAGAUAAUCAACCUUGAAGUCAGGAAUCAUUUGCAUGAUCUAAUAUGGCACUGGGAGCCGGAGGUGAACUGUGGUGCUUACGUGUUACAAACUAUUGGAGAACAUUACCAAAGAUAGCUCUGGUUUUACAUCGUGAGUUCUUUGUUCUUCAAGAGUGAGCACCAAAAAUGUUAUAUUAAUGCAAUGUU